AUGGAUCUCGCCAACCUCCUCUCCCACAGCACGGCCGUCAAGCCGAUCUAUACUCCUCUCGAGUCUAGCUACUAUAAGCGCUCGCCGCCAAUGUCGCCACCGGCCGAAGAGCGUAAGGUCUCAUUGCCUUCAAUCUCAUCUCUCUUUGAGGGUGCUGAUGGUGCCCAGCACGCAGCUAAGCGCCAGCGUCUCUCACCAUCUCUUGGUGACCGUCACGUCCGGGUCCAGUCAUAUGAGCUGCCCCCAACACCGCCUCUGCGCCCCGGCUCUGGUCACGCUCACCGUCGCGCAUCUCCUAUAGAGUCGCUCUCUCACAAGGAAGCGUACCACCAUCACCUACACCGUUCCUCUAUCUCUAGCAACGGCUCAAUCCACAUCCCGCGCAACACAGCACCUUACGCCUCGCCAGCGCCAAGCGUUUCAUCGUACACAUCUCCAAUCGACGCUCCUCAACAGCCAAUGUACUACCCCCGCCCGCCAACCACAUCCUCUUUCCAGCCCUCGACGCCAGUAUCAGCCCCCCAGAUGCCCACUGUCCAGACGCAGCACUCGCACUCGCACUCGUCUUCGGCUCUCAUCUCCCCCGUCACCCCGGCUUGGCAACACCACCACUACUUCCCGCCCUCCACCUCAGCCCCGUACCAGCAGAACCACGACCGGUAUAUCUGCCGUACCUGCCACAAGGCUUUCUCGCGCCCUUCUUCCCUGCGCAUUCACUCCCACUCUCACACUGGCGAGAAGCCCUUCCGCUGCACACACGCCGGCUGCGGUAAGGCUUUCUCUGUCCGCAGCAAUAUGAAGCGCCACGAGCGUGGCUGCCACUCUGGUCGCCCGGGCCCUCCUCCUGCCCCUACUGCGCUUGUUGUAUAA